UUGUAUCGCUAUCCGCCCCUACAAAGAUCGACCAAUAGCGAAGAAGCUGGGCGGAGCAUAAUACGCUUUAAACGUUUGCACAUCAAAAGCUUCAGCUAUCAUACUCUGAAAAGUUGUUUCAGCGAGAACAUGAUUCGUGUAUUAUUUAAAAUUUAACUUUCACUCGCAUAUAAAUAUUAUUUCUGUUACAAUAAAUAUUUCGCUUUUAGUGAAUAUGUGUUGAUAGCAAACUGAUGGUUGUAUGUGGGUGGCUAUUUUUCAAAAUUCCUAAACUGUGAUUCAGAGCAUUUAAUUGAUGUAAAAUGCAAAGUGAAAACGCAGAAGAAGGUGUUCGUAAAGCUCUUCGAACACCGAAGUGUGCGAGGUGCAGGAACCAUGGGGUCAUCUCCUGUUUGAAGGGUCACAAACGCUUGUGCCGUUGGCGUGAUUGUCGCUGCCCUGGCUGCUUGUUGGUGCUGGAGAGGCAGAGAGUAAUGGCUGCACAGGUAGCUCUCCGUCGCCAACAAAGUGCGGGUGGCACGGCCCGCGACGGCGAAGCGGCCGCGCUCGCAGCCCGCAAGCGUGCGUACCGAGCGCGGUUGCGUUGUAUGCAGAUAUCACGCACGUACCCUGUAGCACCGGCUAAUUAUGGUGCGACCCCCCAAACUAGCGACACCGCAUGGUCAGAACGCGUUCGCAAGCGGCGUGCGUUUGCAGACGCAGCGUUAGAGAGAGACCUUCCCACCAACCCCUACACCGAACCAGCCCCCGCCGCGAUAUUCUGCAGACAUCUCCUAGCGGCUCUACUCACUAAUUAUGCACCACAACCACAGCCACGACCGAAGAUAUCUUUCUCCAUUGAAUCUAUUAUUGGCGUUCAAUAAACUAAGUUUGCUUAGUAGUUGGGAUGUGUGGUUCGUAACUAUUUAUUAAAAUGUAUAUUUGUGGGAUAUUCUGUUUACAUAUUAUGUUUCCAGCAUGAUACAAGAUUAUUGGAAAUUAUUCAGCUUAUGUGUUUAUUAGUGACAAGUUAAUUUUUAAAAGCUUUAUUUCUCUUAAUGUGUGCUUGGUACUAGCACAGUAUUACAAUAUUAUGUACUAGUAUCACGUAAUAUGUAUUCAGUAUUAUAUUUUCGUCGUGAGCGUAAGGUAAUUCACGAUAGUUCUGUAUCUAUAUUGAAAUAAAUGCAAAUAAGCUGGU